UAACCUUGCCUGAAACCGGAGACCUAUGGUUUAGCUCAGCAGGCUAACACAUUCUUGUAAAAUUGGUGGCGUGACCCAGAUUUGGUCAGUGAUUCCUAUAAACUGGAGUCAUUGCGGAGAAGGUGAUAACCUUGCCUGAGACCUGAUAACAGGUAACCUAAUACCUAGGCUUUAGCUCCGGGGAUAACAGUAUAGUGGGAUGCAGAGUAGAAGACAUCUAAAAAGUCGAUUAGGCAGAAGUUGGAUUUUCAGUCCUAAACAAAUGAACAAUAAUGAUCUAUUCCAUUAUAUUUCAUUUCAUAUUAUACCGGUUGUUCUACAAGCGGAACCUUUCAUUUUUGGGGUUGUUGGCGGAAUGUCUUAUAUUGAGACAGGAUGUGGUGUAACCAAGUUAGACGUGGUGUCGUUUCCAUAGAAACGAUGACCGUUGCCAGGGAAGUGAGUGCUGUGUCAGUGUCAUGAUGAGACAUUUUUACAUUGUAGCAUCAGUUCACAACAAUACAUUUUAAAAGAUUAAACAUUGACGUUAAACAACCAACAAAACUGGUUAGUUAGCCACAUUAUAGCAAGCUGACUGGCUAGCAACGUUGUAACACUAGCAAAAAUGCGGCCACAAAGACAACAGACCAACAACAAUACAGCCAUUACAGGAAGGUGUCUUUCUCCCACGGUCAACAGCUAUAAACUGCACUUUACAGCAGUGAACUCUCAAAUACCAGAGAGAAAUGUUCAGAGACCACUGGACGUCCGAUGGUCUAAAGACUUUACAAAAGCGAUAAACAUGGACACCAUGAAAAUGAUUCCACCAAGACAAGACAGCAGGCCUAAUGCACACAGUGGCCGUGGCAGGCCCUGUGCCCCUGUACUGGCGUUUGUCAGUGAGUUUAUGGGCCCUGAGCGUCCCCUCCUACCCCCAGCUGCUGCUCUAUCCAGUGGGCUGACUGGUGACCUGGGCCCACAGCCACACAGAGUGAAGCCUAGGAGAGCAACCCACAGUGCAGGGGCCAUCUACUCCCACAGUACCUCACCCCUCACCCUGCCAACUGGACCAGGUGAUGCCAUAACAUUGAGUGAGAAUUCUCCCUCUGGUUUUCCAAUUGCCUUUCGUUCCCAUGAUGACUGUGCUUUGAGUCCUGAGCGAAUAGAUUUGGACAGGCGUGGUCUGGAGGAGUGUCCCCUGCUGGAGGGCAUGGGUAGGCUGCGGCUGCUUAACUUUCAGCACAACCUCAUCACGCACAUCCACAAUCUGUCUCAUCUGCGGCACCUGGCCUUCCUAGACCUGUAUGACAACCACAUCUCCCAGAUGUCUGGCAUCUCAGCCCUGGCCUCUCUCAGAGUGCUUAUGCUGGGCAAGAACAGAAUCCAGAGGAUAUGCAGUCUGGAUAACCUGACUAAACUAGAUGUUCUGGACUUGCAUGGCAAUCAGAUCUCCCAGAUAGGGAACCUCUCCCACCUGUCUGAGCUGCGCGUGUUGAACCUGGCUGGGAACUGCAUCUCCAGGGUGGACAACCUGCAGGGCCUGGACUCACUGACCGAGAUCAACCUGAGACACAACUGCAUCUCCACUGUGACAGAGGUGGACCAGCUGCCCUGCCUCCAGCGCCUCUUUCUCAGCUGCAACAGCAUCACCAGUUUUGAUGAGCUAGCCUGCCUGGGAGAGUCGUGCUCCCUUUCUGAGCUCACCCUGGAUGGGAACCCAGUAGCCCUGGAGACAUGGUACAAGCAGGCCGCCCUGCGCUGUGUGCUUCAACUCAGACAGCUGGACAUGAAACGUGUCACGGAGGAGGAGAGACGUAUGGCCUGCGUCACGGCCCGGAAGGAGGAUGAGAAGAAGAGGGAGAGUCACAAGCAGGCCAUGCACAAGAGUCCUGCUCAUGUUGCGCCUCAGCAGUUCUACACUCAACUUGGACUCAAGUCUCAGGACUCCUCAGUGACAAGCAAGGAGAAGCGGCGUCUGGCCAUCCGUAAUGCAGCACUGCAGUGGGAGGGGGUCAGAGCCUGCCUGGAGCUCCCGGCUCAGAACGGAGCCAAGGAGGAAGUCAGCCCUGAAGCAAGCCCCGCCCACAGUCCCGCCCAGACCAAUGGCCUUGCACUGGAACCUUCUCCGGAUGAGCAGCUCAGACGGGUGAGUCCGGUGUCGGCUCCGGACAGGCCAACAGGGGGCAGUGAGACCCGGAUACGCUCCACCAGUCGCCCCAACAGUCCUCGAGACCCCAAGCUCCUUGAGGCAGGGGGUGCCAGCCUGCAGAGCCUCUCCCUGUCAGACAGCCACCUGGCGGAGCUGGAUGGGGAAACCCUGCGCCUGUUUGGCCUCGGGGCCCUGGAGGCCCUGGAGAGAGGCUGGGGGGUCCAGACUGCAGGGGCCGUCACUGUCAUAGCCUUCCGCUACAUCCACUUUGAUGCGAUCGUGCCAACACUGCCACGCAUAAGGGUCAAGUUCCCCAACCUAUCUCACCUGAUUUUCCUGGAGACCAACGUCAGCCGUCUUCCCCAGCUGGCUGCUCUGGCCCAGGUGAGACGUCUGGACCAGCUGACCAUCCACCCAGAGGGGAACCCUGUAGUCAGCCUUUCCCUGUGGAGAUCCUUCCUCAUCUACCGCCUGCACCACUUCAACCUGCACAAGAUCAACAACCUGGAGGUGACCAUCAAUGACGUGAUCUCUGCAGAGCGUCUGUUUGGGACGCUGGGUCAUAUCGCUGCCACCGAGACGCCACGCUGCCGCCUGCUAGUACUGCUGGAGGAGUCCAGGAAGCGUCAGCUGCAGUUUCUGUUGGAUGGGCGUGGGCGCCGUGCAGGCUUGAGCCCAGAGGAGCUGCGUGACAACGGCAAGCUGCUGGGAGAGGGCCUGAGCAGAGCCCUGUUCAACUACCCCAGUAGAGACUGCUGCAGUGUGGGAGCGGAGAGCCCAGAGGAGGGUGCUAUGGAGUCGUCAUCAGAGCGCGGAGCCAUGAUGGAGCAGUACAUACAGGAUCAGGUCCAGAGGGCAUCUGACACCAACCUGAAGGGGGAGUCCCUCCACAAGCUGUGGCCCUCCAUGUUCAUGGAGAUGGUGAGAGACUAUGUGCUGGAGAUGAGGGACCGAUCGACCUUCCGUCAAGCCUGCCUCAACAGGCUCUCCACACAGGGAAAGUGAGAGGGUGAGGGGUAGAGACCUGGUAAAACUCCAUAAGACCUACAGUACAGCAAACGGGACACAUACUGGAAACAGGUACAGCAUACUGGACACAUAAUAGAAACAGGUACAGCAUACUGGACACAUACUAGAAACAGGUACAGCAUACUGGACACAUACUAGAAACAGGUACAGCAUACUGGAAACAGGUACAACAUACUGGACACAUACUAGAAACAGGUACAGCAUACUGGACACAUACUAGAAACAGGUACAGCAUACUGGACACAUACUAGAAACAGGUACAGCAUACUGGACACAUACUAGAAACAGGUACAGCAUACUGGACACAUACUAGAAACAGGUACAGCAUACUGGACACAUACUAGAAACAGGUACAGCAUACUGGACACAUACUGGAAACAGGUACAGCAUACUGGACACAUACUAGAAACAGGUACAGCAUACUGGACACAUACUGGAAACAGGUACAACAUACUGGACACAUACUAGAAACAGGUACAGCAUACUGGACCUACUGGAAACAGGUACAGCAUACCGGACCACUUCUUCUACUACAGCAUAUUGGACACUCUCAUGCUGUUCUGUCUCACCAUGUUAACCCGGCCUCAUCAUCACAUGGUGUCAGUCAGUCAAGUUUUGGGGAAUUUUGGGGUUUGAUUUUUUUUCAUAACUGGAUAAAUGUAUUCUGAUCGAAGAUGGAUGUGGAUUUUUCUUUUAAAGGCAACUUUGGGGCGGUUCUCACCAGCCGGGCCUCAUAAGCUUGAAUGCACAUUAUCAUGGAAAAGACAAUAUUGAUGUUUGUUCUAUACUCUGUUCUUCCUAUUCAACUUGAUUCCAGGAUGCACGGAGCUAUAGAGCUAUAUACUUGAGAAAGUCAUUGUGAGCGUGCAUUGUCAUCUCUAAAGAGGAACACUCUUUGCACUUUAAAGCCUUCAUAAAGACCCUGUUCAUGAUCUCCAGCUGAAGAUUACAAUGAGUGUGUCUCAUUGAGCCUAGAAUGAUUGUGUCAUGAUAAUCCUCUUCUUAAUGUUUACUCUCUCUCUCUAUGCCUGGCGUGAUGACAAGGGCACAAAAUACAAGUUUUCUUUUCGGACCACUAAUUUUCUGUAUUGUACUUAGUAAUAAAAUAUUCCCUAACA